AUGGUCUAUCUGACUCUGGCCCAAGGGGGGAGGGGUGAGCUUGUGGCCCCCGCCAGCUUGUCCAUGCACCGCUAUGACAUGUCGUGGCUUCAGCGGGAGACGCACAUCAUUGCAUAUGCGUCCGGGUUCUUGCCGGAGAACCUCAAGACUCUCUACAUUCAGGAGACGGAGAAUCUCCGCUCUGUAUUUUAUGCAGAAGACAGAGUCUUCAAUGUGGCCAUGGCUACUUGGGAUGCCGCUCUACCUCGCUUUCAGGUGCAGGACCUGUGA